AUGUGCUGCGUCGGACACGUAUCAAGACUUGGCGCGCCGGGCGCCCGGCUCCCGAAACCCACCUAUGCUACCUACGCCAACGGAGCGCCUCUUAGUGGCCGCCUUCCCCGCGAUCCUCCUCUUUGGGUCAUUUUUCUCGCUGGUGUCUCCGCAGACGCGGGUGCCGAGUUCGACCCGGUGACGCAAUCGCACUCGCAGGCGUCGCCGCCGAGCUACUUUGCGCACAAGGGCAACGUGUUCAACCGAUACUUUGUCAAGCAAGGGUGGGCGUGGGUGACGGCGUCGUUUGCGUUCUUCGCGCUGACGCACCCGGCGCUCGGGGCGGGCAGCCGGCGGGCGCAGGCGUUUGCGCGGUACGGCGUGACGACGCUCUGGUGGAUCCUGGUCACGCAGUGGUUCUUUGGGCCGGCGCUCAUCGACCGGGGUUCCGGUUGA